GCUGUGUAGUGCGGUAGUACGCAGGCUGUGUCCCGCCCCCUCGUCUCCAGGACUCUGUAUAAGGAAGAGCACAGACUUGUAACUGCUAAUGCAGUUUAUCUCAUCUUCAAGGAUAAUGUCGAGCAUAGCUGCUGCAACUGUGGAGACCACAAAUGCUGAAGAGAAGAAACCACUGAAGCCGUGCUGUGCAUGCCCUGAAACUAAAAAAGCAAGGGAUGCCUGUAUAGUUGAAAAGGGUGAAGAAAGCUGCACACAUCUUAUUGAGGCUCAUAAGGCGUGCAUGAGGGCACUUGGUUUCAAGAUAUAAUUGCACAAGACUGGAUUAUGAGGAUGACCUGGACUGUGGUGGAGUGUGUGGACUACUAUUUAUUCUGCUGUGAGAAGAUUUAUUUUUUUUUUCCUUUCCUAUUUCAGUUGUUGUUCUUCUGACUGUGAUGUAUUCUUAAUUUUGUAUGAAUGUUGCAAAAUUGAUUUUGAAUAAACAUCCUAUGCAAUCCUA